CGAGCAGCAGGCCACGAAAUGGUGUCAUGGUUCGGUUCCUUGGAUGGACAGACUUGCUUUUCACUUCCUUCCAGUUUUUGUCCCGCCCUCAUUGGGUAUCUUCCUGGGGAUGUCUUUUUUUUAAAACCCCAAAAAAGCACUUAUUGGUCUUACUUUAAACUGUCCUGAUGUCCUGAUGUCUUAUUUCCUCUGUUCUCUCUAUCCCAUCAGACUGUGUACUGCUAACUUCUCCACUGUUGGUGAGUUGUUUACUUUCCUGUUGUCCCGGCUCUAUGGCUUUCUGUGCUUUCUGCUAGAUACCCUGUUCGAGUUCCCAGGCCUCUGCGGGGGCUAAAUGUUUCCUAGCUGAGCUCAGACUGUCUAGCAGUUUCCUACCGGGGACUGCGAGGGAGUGAAGGCCAGUGCUCCAGCUGGCUGCGGGGAGCGCCAGUACACCCGUGGUGGGCACAGAGUGGGCGCUGGGACCCCUUUCACUGCCCGGGUGCAGCCUGGCUCCAGCGGCAACCCUCAGGGAUGGCACUUGCGGGGUCUGAACGCCAGUGCUGGAUCCGCCCCCGGACGGCGCGGGCGGGGGCAGCCGCUCCUCUCACUGUGGCCAGCAGCGGUGGCUGGAGACCGUAAGGCGCAAGAGCCUCGAGGGCGACCGGAUGUUUCGGGGAAGCGGCCACUGGGAGUGCGGCCGGAGACCUGAGCGAGGCUGCCCCUGGCACGAGCUGGGGGUGGGGGGGUCUGGAUUUCGGUCCCUCCUCUUUCUUUCUGGGUCUUGGAGCGUUCAGCCUCUCAGACCCUCCCAGGUACCGGCCUGGAGAGGAGAAAGCAUCUCUCCUCCGCGCCCUCCACCAUGGGCAAUGCCUCCAAUGACUCCAGUUUGGAGGACUGCGAGACCCGGCAGCGGCUCCUCUCCGACGAAAGCCCAGCCAUCAGCUCAGUGAUGUUCUCGGCCGGGGUGCUGGGGAACCUCAUCGCGCUGGCCCUGCUGGCGCGGCGCUGGCGCGGGGACACCGGGUGCAGCGCUCGCGGCAGGACCUCCAUCUCCUUGUUCCACGUGCUGGUGACCGAGCUGGUGUUCACCGACUUGCUGGGCACCUGUUUCAUCAGCCCGGUGGUGCUGGCCUCCUAUGCGCGGAACCAGACUCUGGUGGCCCUGGCUCCCGAGAGCCGCGCGUGCACCUACUUCGCCUUUGCCAUGACCUUCUUCAGUCUGGCCACGAUGCUCAUGCUCUUCGCCAUGGCUCUGGAGCGCUACCUCUCCAUCGGACACCCCUACUUCUACCGCCGCCGUUUCUCGCACCGGGGGGGCCUGGCGGUGCUGCCAGCCAUCUACGCGGUCUCCUUGCUCUUCUGCUCCCUGCCGCUGCUGAACUACGGGGAGUACGUCCAGUACUGCCCCGGGACGUGGUGCUUCAUCCGGCACGGGCGGACAGCUUACCUGCAGCUCUACGCCACCGUGCUGCUUCUGCUCAUCUUCGCGGUGCUCGCCUGCAACUUGAGCGUCAUCCUCAACCUCAUCCGCAUGCACCGUCGGGGAAGGAGAAGCCGCUGCGGACCCUCGGGCAGCGGCCGAGGUGGCCCCGGGUCCCGCAGGAGAGGGGAAAAGGCAUCGAUGGCGGAGGAGGCGGACCACCUCAUUCUACUGUCCAUCAUGACCAUCACCUUCGCUGUCUGCUCUUUGCCUUUCACCAUUUUUGCUUAUAUGAAUGAAACCUCUUCCCGAAAGGAAAAGUGGGACCUACUAGCUCUUAGAUUUUUAUCAGUUAAUUCCAUAAUUGACCCUUGGGUCUUUGCCAUCCUUAGGCCUCCUGUUCUGAGACUAAUGCGUUCAGUCCUCUGUUGUCGGACUUCGUUGAGAACACAAGACGCACCACAAACUUCCUGUUCAACCCAGUCCAAUGCCAGUAAACAGGCUGAGCUCUGCAGACAGUCAUGAGGAUGUGCUUUGUUAGGGAACCUCUGGAAGGCCCUUUGAGAAUGCUUCCUUGGAGGAAUGUAAAAAGUUAGCAUAUAAACAGAACAAAACUUCCCUAAUAAAAGAGCGUAAACAAACUUUUAAGCAGCAGUCUGGGCUACAGACCUGAUGACAAGACCCUUCAUGGAAGGUGUCAGAAGGAUCUAUAAAACCUACACUCAGUAAGCACGCUAUGUGGUCUUUGAAGGACGACCAGCUGUGUCUAAGACCCAGUUGAUUUAAGCUUUCCUGUUGAAUGACAAAGCAGUGGUUUUGUAAUUUGUUUAAAGCUCUACAUAGUUACCGUCUUCUCUGUUUUAAUCUUCAGUGCUGUUAUAAAUGUAGUGUACAGUCAGACCAAAUGAAACUGCAUGCUCAAGGAAGUCAAUACGUGGAAGCGAUGAAGCAAUCAAGGCAGAGAAGCUGCUGUCUUGUGGUUACUUAAUGGACCCUUUACUCGAACCAUGAAGUUGAAAGUCGUCAGCACCUUUUACUGCUAUGCUUAUACUUGUGAGAGUAGACUCCAGUCACUACAGUGUCACCCUUACCAGGUACUAAUUUGGUCAAUGUCAUCUGGGUUCACCCAUCCUUUAGGAACUAUGUCAAGUUGUCAGGUUAUUUAUUCUACGGUGUCUCUUGGGAUAAUGUUAAUGAAGAAGACUUCAGGAAUGUUCUUCUCAAACAGAAAUAAUAAAAAGUUGUUAAUUCUGA